AUGCAUCUGAACUGCGCAACGGGCGAGACGAGGCGACGUUGCAGAGGCGUGCGCAGAGCUUUCUUCCGAUGCAGAGACGCAGACGUGGUGCAGAGGUGUGCGAGCUGCAGAGCCAAAGGAAGACGGGCGGGCGGCAGGCGAUCGGGCCAGAUGAGAUCAGAUCAGAUCAGGUCGGGUCGGCGCGGGUCGAAUCGAGUCGAGUCGAGUCGAGUCGAGUGCGGCCAGGUCAGGCCGGUCAGGUCAAGAGAGGUGAGGUCAGGUCAGGUCAGGCCAGGCCAGACCAAGUCAGGAGCGGUUGCAGGUCUGAGUUGGAGGCGGAAUCCAGAACCGACGAGCAAGCGGUGCUGGGAGGUGGGGGGUGUGUUUGGCGGGAGGAGGGGGCAUGUAUGUGCCUGGGGGGGCGAGAUAAAGAAAAAUAAAAAUAAAAAAGGGAAGGGUUUGAAGAAGGAAAGGGCGCGGGAUCGAGGAGAGCGCAGAGGAAUACGGGAUAAUGGGUAG